CCAUAAUCCCAUAAUAAUCCCAUGCCCUGCUUGCCCAACAAAAUGCACGCAACGAAACAAUUCAUUUUCGAAUUCUCCCAUAUUCGGUACUCAAUUUGUUCAUUAAAGCCGUUCCACCAUCCUUGGUCCUUUUCCCCCACUUUCUCUCUUCUUGACUCUCUGUGUCCCGCCCUCCCGAGCACUGAGCGUAACACCUCGUCCUCAUGUCUGCGUCCCCCCACGAUACCCCAGACGAAGCUCAGGAUAAGCUCGAGGACGAACUCGACGACCAACAGCAGCCUGCCGACGCCGAGGGCGGCGUCUGCCCCUGCUGAGGCCCCUGCACCGCCUGUAAAACGCGGUCGUGGCCGUCCAAAAGGCAGUAAGAACAAGCCUACCUCUUCUUCGGCUUCCCCUGCCGCCCCCCGACGACCCCGUGGUCGGCCUCCCAAGGAAAAGAAGGAGGACGAGCAAGGAGCCGAGUCUUCCGCCCCAAAACGCGGUCGGGGGCGUCCGCCAAAGCAUCCUAGGCCUACAGAGUCGGGGGGCGAAGGCACUGCAAACGAUCCUGCCGAGCCCCCCGCAAAAAGGAAGCGGGGAAGACCCAAGAAGACCACAACAACUUGAUUCACUUUACUCCGAUCCCAAUUUCCUUGAAUCUGCACGUAUAUAUGCCAAACCGUCCAUCUCUCUACCGUUUGUAUGACCGCUACGACAUAUUUAUUUCCAGCCCUCUUGCAGUACCGAACAUUAUCCCUUCCUUCCUUUGGGUUACUUCUGUCGCUAGCCGCCAAAGUCAAUUGUUGCUGUUAUCGUUGCUUAUUUAUGGAACCUCUCUGUACAUACGAUCCUAUCGUUUCCUUAUGAUAGAAAGGGUGCCAUCUGUACGAUCAAGGAGACUAUUUUUUCAACACCAACCGUGUACUGUAGUGUGCGAGCCUCAUGGAGGGACUGAAAAUUUGAUUCAAACACCCGGAAUACCAGUACGUCC